AUUUCACCGAGAGCCUUCGGUCAAGAUAGUGCCGAUAGCAGCCGACCGAACUUUCUCAGCCAAGUCUUGCUCGAACGCGACUCUUGACUUCCUCAAACCCACGUCAGUCCUCACCAUAACCUCAAAAUAUGCCUCCCGAUCCGACCAUGGACGACGAAGAAUACGAGUCCUCCCAGGACUCGGACUUUGCGCCUGAAGACGCAGGAGGCGAAGGAGGACUGGUGAAGACGCGAAGCAUGCGGGCUGCAGAUUUGUGUAACAGAAAAGAAGAACGCAAAGUCGCGGCAGCAUCUGGCCCGGUAACGGUCGACGUCGAUGCCCUCUGGGCACAAAUGCUUUCCGGUCAGAAGACGACAGCAGCACCAGCCGGCGAGAACGAGACAGGAGGGGAAGCCGACGCUACGCCCGCCGCCGCGGCGCCUGACACGAGCAAGCCGGACGAACCCCAGGCAGGCGACCCGUCAGACACGAUCCGCAUCAAGCGAACCUACAACUUUGCAGGCAAAGUCCAUACCGAGGAAAAAGUCGUAGCACGCUCCUCAGCCGAGGCAAAGCUCUACCUCGCCUCCCUCGGCAAGGACGCCGCCGCCGCGGAAAUCGCAGGCGCGGACGCGGACAACGAGGGCGGGGAGCCGAAACGCGUCCUCAAGAAGGCGUUCCGCUCGGCCUUUGAGCCCGUUAUCGAAAUUGUCAGCCAGCGCUCGGAUCUGAACCUCGGCAUGACGGUGCGGAUCAAGGCAAGGGAGAAGGAGGCACAGGCCAAGAAGCUCAACACGGUGCAGAAGAGCAAGAUGGACUGGGCCGGGUUCGUGGACAAGGAAGGGCUCAAGGACGAGCUCGAGCUGGCGGGCAGGGCCAAGGGGUCGUAUGCCGAGAGGCAGGAUUUCCUGGCGCGCAGCGAGGCCAAGAGGGAAGACGACGCGCGGCGGGCGAGGAUGGCUGGUCGUGUGCAGUGAAAUUUCUAUUUGCGCUGCAAUGUUGUUGUUCUUCCCUCUAUGUGGUUCCACGGGGUUCUUGGGUAUUGGUUACGAUU